GUAACUGUGCCUUUAAGGAAGGGAAACGGAAUGUUGACGUCAUUUUCAACUGCGCAGCUUUGGACCGGAAAAGGGUGGGUGUACGCUGACGUAGGUUAGCAAGCUACAUUUACCAAGUCUGCCUUGGCUUCUAUGGAAGAGAUGUCAGGAGAGAGUGCCGUGAGCCCACCAGUGCCGGCAGCUACAACCCGGACCACAUCGUUUAAAGGUUCCAGCCCCAGCUCAAAAUAUGUGAAGUUAAAUGUGGGUGGGGCCCUCUACUACACAACAAUGCAGACUCUGACCAAGCAAGACACCAUGCUGAAAGCCAUGUUCAGUGGCAGGAUGGAGGUCCUCACUGACAGUGAAGGUUGGAUUUUGAUUGAUCGCUGUGGCAAACAUUUCGGAACGAUCUUGAACUACCUGAGAGAUGGAGCAGUUCCGCUGCCAGACAGCCGGCGGGAAACCGAGGAGCUGCUUGCAGAAGCCAAGUAUUAUCUUGUCCAAGGCCUUGCCGAUGAAUGCACGGCUGCCUUGCAGAACAAAGAAACAUAUGAGCCUCUAUGUAAAGUGCCUCUCAUGACAUCAUCCAAGGAGGAGCAGAAGCUUAUUGCCACUUCAAAUAAGCCUACUGUCAAACUGCUGUAUAACAGAAGCAAUAACAAAUAUUCCUACACCAGCAAUUCUGACGACAACAUGCUGAAAAAUAUCGAGCUGUUUGACAAGCUGUCGCUGCGGUUCAAUGGCCGUGUACUCUUCAUCAAAGAUGUGAUCGGGGAUGAGAUCUGCUGCUGGUCCUUCUACGGGCAGGGCCGCAAAAUAGCUGAAGUGUGCUGCACCUCCAUUGUUUAUGCCACCGAAAAGAAGCAGACAAAGGUGGAGUUCCCUGAAGCUCGCAUCUAUGAGGAGACCCUCAAUAUCCUUCUAUACGAAUCCCACGAUGGGAGGGGGCCAGACAACGCUCUGCUGGAGGCAACAGGGGGCGCUGCCGGACGAUCCCACCAUCUGGACGAAGAUGAUGAGCGAGAACGAAUUGAGCGAGUUCGUCGGAUCCAUAUCAAACGACCCGACGACCGCACACACCAUCACCAGUGACCUCCCACCCGUCUUAACUGAGGCCUUGUACCGCACCCGUGCCUUACACCUUCCCUCAACAGCACAUUCAUUACCAGGAGACUGUAUUCGUGUGUAGCUGUGCAGUUAUGCCCACUGUGUCGCCUUUGUCGUGGUCUGACUGACUGGCUGACUGCAGGAGUUCAUAUUCAUCGUUAGUAGUUCACAGUAGUUUCAUCUAAUGUUGUGUGUUGUUUGUGUAUUUGUCACAAGUGGUCCUAAGGAGAUCAAGAAUUAUGAUGUAAGCAGCUACAAAUGUAUUGCGUAAUCUUUUCUCUCCCUGUGGCUUUAAGUGCUUCACUGAUUAGUCGGUGAAUGACCCAAAUGGUGAUCACGAAAAGGCCACAAGAUGGCACUGUUUUUUUCUUACUUUUUUUUUUUGGUAUUGGUUUGUAUGUUUGAAUACACACAGGUGGAUAAAAUCUUUCCACCAUAUUUAGUUUGAACACCUUGUCAAUUUCUGUCUACAUCAUAAAAUUCUCAUUUUAUAUUGUGGCAACAUGAGUCCUCACCUCAGGUGUUCUAUGGACUUCGUGAUGGAUGGAUGGAUGGAUGCUGAGGUUGGAGUGAAUGAGUGCAAUCAGAGGAGGAACGGAGUCCUGCGGACAUGCUUUUUAACAAGAACAGAAAUUACAUUAGUCACUCAUCACAGAAAGUUCGGUUUUGCACAGUUAUAAAUUGAUGUGUAACAAUCACUCGUAGAUUUAUUGUACAGAAGUGAACAUAUACGUUUUAUAUUUAUACAUCUCAAAUAAAUUUCUACAAAUGAAA